AUGAUGAACCUCGCAACAUCGCUUAGCCAGCAGGGCAAGUACGGAGAGGCCGAGACGAUGCAGCGGCAAACGCUGCAGCUCCAGUCGCUUCGCCAGCAGGGCAAGUACGCAGAGGCCGAGGCGAUGGACCAGCAGACGCUACAGCUCCAGGAGACCGUGCUUGGGAAGGACCACCUGGCGCUGGUAGCCUACCGAUGUCGGCCACUUUUGACAGGCCAAUUCUACCACUCGGUACGUACCUCCCUCUGUACCUCCACGGUACAUGUAUCUGCAAAGCCACAACAGGCCACAGGUCUACCCCACACUCUCACAAAUAAAGCUGUCUAAAAAUUCCACGACGCCCAAUUCGCCUUCUACUGUACCUCUGCAAAAGAGAGGCCAGAAUAGAGUAGACAGAAGCUAUAAACAGCUUACGCAAGGGCUUAAGGAGGCAAGAAUUCACUUCAGAAAUGUAUUGUUAGACUAGUCAUAGUUGCCCUAUCGGGUUAGCCGCCGGGCGUAAAUAAAUUGUGUG